AAGGGGAAAAAAUAGUCGUUUUUCCCUGCGUUCCACUGCAGUGACAAUCGUAAUACCAUAUUCCUAUUUUAUACUAAAUAAUAUCCAAAUUUAUAGCAUGAAGACGAUCAAAUAGUAGUACAUUCCAGCACUUUGCCCUACGUAGCACCUACAACAGAGACGUUCUAGUUAGCUAGCAGAUAUUGUCACUUGUUAUUAUGUUGACAAAAUUGAUCUCGACUAUUGGAUGAUAGUCUCCAAAUAGAAGCAGCAGAAGGCAAAUGGAAAGUUUUCUGCUUGUGUUUCAGUUCUUGUUGCAGAUAUUAUUAUGCGGUUUUCUCUGUUCAAUAUCUAGUGUAAAAGAUACUAUUACUGCAACCGACUUUCUAAGAGAUGGUAAGACUAUUGCUUCAUCUGAUGGAAGCUUUGAAAUGGGAUUUUUUUCCCCUGCUAGUUUCAUGAAUAAUUGGUAUGUUGGAAUAUGGUACAAGCAUGAUGUACCUGACAAGUCUGUUGUAUGGGUUGCCAAUAGAGCAAUUCCACUCAACAACACAUCAGGUGUGGUGUUGAAAAUCAUCGAUCCGGGACAACUUGCUCUUGUCACUGCUGAUAAUAGGAUCACGUGGUCUACUAAUAUGUCGAGGCCUUUGGCUGUGAAGAAUCCAAUUGCACAGUUGUUGAAUUCGGGGAAUCUUAUCGUGAGAGAUGCAAAUGAUACUGAACCUGAGAACUUCCUGUGGCAGAGUUUUGAUUAUCCUACAGAUACGCUCUUACCAGGGAUGAAGCUUGGUAAGAAUUUCGUGAAUGGACAAGAAUUUUACCUCUCCUCAUGGAAGAACGAAUACGAUCCAGCAUCAGGGGACUAUACAUUUCAUUGUGAUCCCACUGGAUAUCCUCAGGAUGUCAUUAGGAAAAGUAAAGUUAAGGUGUUCAGUAGCGGGACGUGGAAUGGUCUCCGCUGGAGUGGUGUACCAGGACUGACAAAAAAUCCAGUUUAUACAUUUACUCUGGAUUUUGAUGAAAGGAAAGCAUUUUACAGCUACGCGCUCCUGGAUAGUUCUGUUAUAUCCAAAUUAACCUUGAACAGUAAAGGUAUGCUUCAGCGUUGGACGUGGGAUGACAAGAGAAAGGAAUGGCACGUUUACUUGGCAUCACCAGCAGAUACCUGUGACAAUUACGGAACAUGUGGUGCNUUGGACCCUUCUUCUUCUAUUUCCUUGAUUGUGAAUCCUUGCUAUGAAUUUUAA